AUGUCCUUUCUUAAUAGAAACAACUUGUUUGGUUCUGGGCAACCUCCUCAGCGCGACCCAUAUGGCCAGCAACCACCCCCGAAUCGAGGAGGGCGACCUUCUUAUCCUCCAGGGGGCGGCGGCGGCUACGACACACACAUGAAUGGUUACGACUCUCCUCGACCAGGAUAUGGCAGUCCUGGCCUGCCAGCGAGAAACAUGCCUCCACGUCCGAUGGGCCACCGGCAAAGUCCCAGUCGAGGCGCCCCUACAAGAGGUCCGAGUGCUGUCAUGACCUUACAACCUGCAAAAUCCCCGGACAAUUCGUAUACGUUCCGCAACCUCGUGGCAGUUUCCUCGCAGGACGUUCCUCCUUCUUACGAUGGCACCGACGUCUUCCUGCUUAUCAACGGCGUGUAUGUCGUCUCAGCUCGACCUCUCGAUGCGUUUCCACGAGGCAGUAUUGGUCUCUCGGAACCUCAACGGUCUUGGAUGGGUGUAGCCUUGACAGAUCUACUGCAGGCAGAAGUCUAUGACCCAUUCAGCCAAGGGAGCCACGCAUACAUUGGCUCGAUGGAUAUCGAAAUCGGCUUUGCCAGUACGCGGAAAACCACAGACACACCGUACGAUCAGGAUGAUCUAGCCAGAGAGAUUACCAAAUUGUUUAACAGUCAAAUGUUCGCCCCGGGUCAGCGAUUCCUUAUGGACCUCAGAAGCAUUCCCCUGAACCUCACAGUCAAGACAGUACAACUGGCAGACUUGAGUGAGAAGUCUGCGCCCACCACGUCUGAUCCUCAUGCGCGAGGUAUUUUGACACCUCAAACCCAAAUCAACUUUUUCAAGGACGGGAAGACACCUAUAAAUCUGAAGGCAUCCUCCCGUCGGCCUGCAGCCAAUUCCAUCAUUGCUCCCGACUUUAAAUUUGAGGAUAUGGGCAUUGGUGGUCUGGAUGCCGAGUUCGUUACCAUCUUCCGAAGGGCAUUCGCCUCGCGCGUCUUCCCUCCUGGGCUUGUGGAGAAGCUGGGUAUCCAGCACGUGAAGGGCAUCUUACUAUACGGUCCUCCGGGCACGGGCAAAACAUUGAUUGCACGACAAAUUGGCAAGAUGCUCAAUGCGAGAGAACCAAAAGUCAUUAAUGGUCCUGAAGUGCUGAACAAGUAUGUCGGCCAGUCGGAAGAAAAUAUCCGGAAACUUUUCGCCGAUGCGGAAAAGGAAUAUAAAGAAAAGGGAGACGAAUCCGGCCUUCAUAUCAUCAUUUUUGACGAAUUGGAUGCUGUCUGUAAGCAAAGAGGCAGCGGGGCCGCCGGCGGCACAGGUGUGGGAGACAGUGUGGUCAACCAGCUACUCUCCAAGCUCGAUGGCGUAGAUCAGUUAAACAACAUCCUCCUGAUCGGCAUGACGAACCGGAAAGAUAUGAUUGAUGAUGCUCUUCUGCGACCCGGGCGUCUUGAGCUACAUAUGGAAAUCGCCCUACCAGACGAACAUGGCCGCGCGCAAAUUCUGAAGAUCCACACGCAAAAGAUGCGCGACAACCAGGUGCUCGACCCGGACGUCGACCUUCUGGAACUCGCUCACAAGACCAAGAACUUUUCAGGUGCCGAGAUUGGCGGUUUGGUCAAAUCGGCCACGUCGUUUGCCUUUUCGCGACAUAUCAAGGUGGGUACGAUGGCGGGCAUCACAGAUGACGUGGCGGACAUGAAAGUGAAGCGUGCGGACUUCGAAAACGCUCUAGAAGAAGUGAAACCGGCCUUUGGCGUGUCUGAAGAGGAGCUUUCGUAUUGCCUCCGGGGAGGUGUCAUUCACUUUUCUCAGUAUAUCAAGGACGUGCUGGACGAAGGGAAACUCUUCGUGGAACAGGUGCGCAACCCUAAAUCUACGCCACUGUUCUCGGUGUGCCUCCACGGGCCCCCUGGUUGCGGGAAGACGGCCCUUGCAGCCAAGAUCGCCAUUGACAGCGGAUACCCGUUCAUCAAACUGAUCAGCAACAAGGAUACGUUGGAAAUGUCCGAAUCCCAGAAAAUCUCAUACCUGAGCAGGGUAUUCAUGGAUGCAUACAAAUCGCCGAUGUCUUGUGUGGUCCUGGACGAUAUUGAAGAAUACACCGAGUGGACGCCCAUCGGCCCUCGAUUUUCCAACCCCAUAUUGAAAACCUUGGUGGCGCUAUUGCGCAAAGCACCUCCGCCGGGGCGAAGUCUACUUAUAAUUGUGACGGCAACGGAACGCUCGGUCCUGCAACAGCUGGAUUUCUGGCGGCACUUUAACAGCGACGUACCCGUCGCCAACGUGCGCACUUACGACGAACUGGAAUUCGUCAUGGACGAAUCCAAAGCAUUCGAAGUCGGGGAGGCAUCAAGGGCGAUAGCGGAAAUCCGGGAUAUUACACGCAGUGAGGUUGUGGGAGUGGGAAUCAAGCAUGUGCUACAGGCAAUUGAGACGGCGAAGUUUGACGCCGAUCGUGUCACUCGGUUUGCAGGGACUUUGAGUAGGGUCAUUGCUGAACGAGGGGAGGGAAGUGGUGGGUUUCGCUAA